CAUAACAGCAUAAUUUAGUUAUAUCCAGAGCCUGAACCUGUCUUAAACUACACCAGUGUCCUACGUUUUCUCUCUGUUUUCUGGCCUCCCCAGUGGUUCCCAUUUCAACCCUCCGUUCACGCUGGCCGUCUACCUGUGUGGAGGUCUGGAGAUGAACAUGGUGAUCCCAUAUCUUGCAUGCCAGCUGACCGGAGGAGUUCUUGGAGCUGCGAUGGCAAAGUUGAUGACCUCCAGAGAGAACUACAACAAAGCACACGGAGCUGCGUUUGCUGUGCUGCAGUCAGAAGGUCAAAUAGGAGGAGCUGUGUUCGGGGAGAUCGCCAUGACCUGCCUGGUCACCAUGGUGGUGCUGCUGGGGGCCGUGAACGCCACGACCAGGAGCCCCCUGGUGCCCUUCAUGGUGGGCUGCACCGUCAUCAUCAACAUCCUGGCUGGAGGGGACAUAUCUGGCACCUGUCUGAACCCAGCCAGAGCUUUUGGUCCAGCAGUAAUGAGCAACUACUGGAGUUACCACUGGGUUUACUGGUUAGGACCCAUCGCAGGAGGUUUAAUAGCAGCUGUACUGGUUCGAUUCAUACUCGGAGACAGAAAUAUCCGACUCAUUCUGAAAUGAGGACUUAGAUUAGGUAGAAUGUAUCCUCUCCUAUACAAUAAUAUUAGACUUUUUUUUGCAUAAUUCAUGACAAUUAUGUUUGUUUUUGGCCUUGUUAGGGGAUUAUGAAACAAAGCUUGUAAAUUUGCAGAGAAUGCAGUUUAAUGCUCAGCUUGCAGGUUAAUUUAAUACUGACUAGUAUAAGAUAAACAGAGUUGUAGAUGGUUAAUAAACUGAGAUAACUUGUCCUUCCUUCCAAAUGAUUAAAUAAUACCAAAGUAAGUUGUUCAGAUGAGGCACUGAUUUGUGUUUUAAGCUGUAUUUGCUUAAGGACUGCACAGAUUAUCGAUAAAGUCAUGAUUCAGCUUCAGUUCAAUGAUUCACUCUCUCUUUUUCUUAACUACUUAACAAUAUAAUACUAAAGGAUUUGCUCUUCACUACUUCAGAGAAAUAAACUCUGCU